GCGAUUGUGGCUGGUUCGGCAGACUCAAAAGUUUUUUUUAUCCUUAUUUUUGCUUUUCGCUUAUAACCACGCAGUUUAAGGGUGUUCUAGGCGUGGGUGGCAAGCAACUGAAUUUUUUCCUCGGUGUUGGUCGCUGUAGGAGGAGGGGGUUGCGUUAUCUUUUCCAAGCUAACGAGCGGCACUACGCAGGCACUCUGAACAAGUUUAAUAUGUUGCUAAAGUGGUCAAAGUUGUCAGAAAGUCAGUUCGGGGAUCAGCCAGGUUGAGAAAAGCAACUGCGUAAUAGUAUGGAAUGUAUUUAGAACGCAGUACGUUACGCGCACUGAACGUUAGCCUACCUCCAACAACAUCACAGCCUUAUAGGAGCUAGCGAGCGAUUCCUAUGUGACUGCAAACCAGUCGAAAAGAGGAAACCGAGGAAAUCCCCCAAAAGGAAAUGCCAAUCGCAGCCACUGGCCAGCCAACAACUCAAGAGCCCAGAGUGUGCCCCCGGCUGCCUUCCACCCCAGAACCGGUCCCUAAAGGGGCUGAUUUAUUCGAAGAGGCGGGGGCGGCGGAGUCGGCAGAGCGAACAGAGUACGGGGGCGCGGAGGGGGCCAGAGGCUUUGGGGGCUAUAGUUACAGCCACAGAGGCAGUCAGAGCUUACAGCCAGCAUCCACGAACAGCUCUCCGCCGCAGUCCCCAGCCGCGUCCUCCUCUUUCCUAUUCCACCCCUUCCACGGCCACCAAAUGGCAAUGGAGCCCCCCAGGACUCGAUCGCGUUCCCGGUCUGGAUAUUACCAGCAGUAUACUGGUGGGAAUGGAAUUACUGGCAGCGGAAUAAUAGGAACUAACCAGCAGAAUCCCCAGUUGUUGCAGCAGCAGCAGCACAGUGCCGGUGGUUGCUCACCCUCAGGGGCUCACAGCAGCCAAGCAGAGAACCAGCAUCGAACCCUGGGAAGUAAUGCCUCCCCAGGCAUCCAGAGGCUUCUCCCUGUUCCUGGAGCUCUCCGCAUCCGAACCGAAGGAGCCUCAGAUGGGUCUUACCAUUGCCACCAAGCGAAUGCAUAUGGGGAGAGUGACAAGAGUGAGGAAAGCCCCAGUCCAAAGCGCCAGAGGCUGUCGGGUCAUGCUGUCUUGGAACAGCUAACUUCUUCCGCCCCACCGCCAUCCACCCCUUCUCCCCCCAUUCGCCCUUGGGAGUUAGGACCUCCAAGCAGGAGAUCGUCUCACCCCCACGCACACUACCACCAAGAAAGAUCCCUCACACCUGCUCGUCACAGACGCAGCCCCCCUGUUAGGCGUCAGCGUGGCCGGCUAUCCAGACCGACUCGACACUUGCCUCCCCAUCAUCACCCCUCGACCCAAGGCCCCGGACCCCACCCUUUGCCAUCGGAGCUCCAGGAUGAGAACUUUCAACACAACCCACAUUCCUCCACACACCAGACGUACCCAACGCACACCUACAGUCACCCCCCCACACAUGGAAGUGGGGGUUCAGAGGAUCUCCGAGCAUUCCAUCCUCCCACCUUGUCCCCUCGACUACUGCACCCAGCUGCACACCACCACCAUCAGCAGCAACAGCAUCAUGCAACGUCACAGCAAGGAGCCAUGGUCCUGGACUUGCAUGAACAGCUACAGCAGGGCAGUGUACCGGUCUCCUACACUGUGACCCCAGUCGCACCUCAUGGCCUAGCAGCACCGCUGUGUAACGGUCAGCACCUUCCCCCCAGCUGCUCUUCACAACAACAAGUUCCUGCCUGUAGCGUGGUAUUCAGCACAGGACAACAUUACCACCCGAUGCUACAGGCAUGUUCAAUGCAACAUUUGCCAGUGCCCUAUGCCUUUCCCUCUCUGCUCUCCAGCGACCCUCAGUUUCUUCUUUCCCCUCCACCCCAUCUCGCUCAUCACCCGCCACACCUCCACACACACAGUCAGUUCUUGCCAUUCCAGACGCAGCAGCCACGAUCGCCCUUACAGAGGAUUGAAAAUGAGGUUGAACUUCUAGGAGAGCAGCUCUCAGUCGGUGGAGGGUUUGGCUAUGGCCAUCACCACCACCACCACCACCAUCACCACCAACCUCCCUCCACUCUCCCACCAUCCACACCACUCCAGUUUCUUUCGCACCAUGACCCCCUUUCACAAGAGCUCUUCACAGUGCCCUAUCCACACUUCAUGCCACGGCGAUUCACAAGUCGGCGCUACCCUGCUCGUUCCCAGCAGGCUGUGCCCCCUUCAAGCUACCACCCGAGCUUCCUGCCUUACUUCUUGUCCAUGCUCCCCGUGCCACCAAACGUAGCUCCCGCCAUUAGUCUGGAGCUUGAUGUUGAUGAUGGAGAAGUGGAGAACUAUGAGGCCUUGCUGAACCUUGCAGAGCGUCUUGGAGAGGCCAAGCCCCGUGGCCUCACUAAGGCUGAUAUUGAACAGCUCCCAUCGUACAGGUUCAACCCCAAUAACCACCAGUCUGAGCAAACACUGCUAAUCGUACUUGCCCCAUCUGUCGAGCUGAUGCAUCCGAGGUCCAACGGGACUCUGAGUGACUCCCUGAUUUCUAUUUUGAUGCACCACGCAAAUAUUGAACUUCUCUCCAGUCAUCAUGCACAUACAUGGACCAGUAUUCCUUACCCGCACAUCCAAAAAGAACAAUGAGCAGUACACUUUUCUGCAUAUUGCUUCAAAUUAGGAAAAAUAAUCCCUUCACACUGCUCCACCUGCACCUAAUGGUGUAGAUAAAACUCAUAUAAGUGCACUCCAUUUACCAUUUACUGUGCACUUGUUACUAAUAAUGGCCUUUGAAACACGCACAGCACAGACAUUGUAUUAUUCGUAGAAAACAAAAGCUUCUGUAUACUAGUAGUAACAAACUUUGCAGGAGGAAUUGCAGUCCAAAGAUUUCGUUGUUGCUGUUCUUGUGGAAAAUGUCCAUCUUUAAUACAGUAGCACAAAUUGUUGUCUCGGUUCAUUGCGAUUGGCAUUGUUGGUUAAUUUUUAUUUCUGUAUGUGUAUUUUAAUAUUCCUCUGCGUGAGAUCAGCCUGUAUGGAAUGAGAAAAACAUAUAUUGUACACUGUGAUUUAACCCUCGAGACUGACUUUGGAACAUCAAAUAAUUUAGGCUACUUUAUGCUCCGUAAGCCUGCGUGUUUUUCUGUCUUCCCCUGUAGGUAUGGAGGGUACAAUCUCUUUCAUGACCUUUCGACACACAUAAUCUGCUCUCGCUAAGGUUCAUGCCCUUAUGCCACACACAAUGUACAUCAUAUUCAUCUUAGACACAGUAAGGCUUUAUGGUGUAAUUUAUGACUAUUUAUUACAAUUUGUAAUUUGGCUCAGUAACAACCAACCAGAUGCUUUAAAGAGAAUGGAAGAUUUCAAGUGUAUCUUUCAUUUUUUGGGGGUGAUUUGCACCACACACAUCAUCACGCUGAUGUAAUAAAACUAAUUUUGGCUUCCCCAAUUGUGCUUUUUUUUUUUUUUUUUUUUUAAAUAACCUGACCUGCUAUUUUCCAUCACUCAUGUCACAUACAUGGAAAAUUAUUCUUUUUUUUUUUCGUCAAAGGGGACUGGAUGUUUCCAUUGUGUCUUUGAAAUGUGUUUUACUGUUUUCUGUUGCUUGGUACCCUACCAGUUACCUCAGUACCACUAUUUAUGGCUUCCCAGACAAUAUUACAACCAUGAGUUAUUGCAUUUUGCUGACUUUUUUCCCAUGCAAGUUCUUUAUUUCACUAUGAAACAUUAUUCUUAACAUGGUGUCAUAGUACUUGUGUAUUAUAUCUGUAACCAAAAUCAUUUGAAGGCCUGUAAUGAUGAUGAUGAUGAUGACAUUUUUAACAAACCUUUGUACAUUUUGUAUGAGAGUUAUUACUAGUUAUACUUUAUAAAGUAGUGCAAUGGUUUCCUUAAUCCCUUAUCCUGUCUUUUGUAUUGCAAAAGCUGGUUAAAUCAUAAAUGUACAACAUUCUUCUGUU